AUGGACGGUUUGAAGGCGUCGCUAGCCCAGCAGCUACCCAAAAAUGCCAAGUUCAACUUGUUCUACGUGCAGUCCAAGCCAGCGUACGUGAAGCCGCUUGUCAAUGUCCGCAAAUCGCUGGAAGAAAGGCCAUCCACCAUCAAGAUACGACACUUUUUCAACUUGAUCGACGCAGCCAAAGACGUCAUCGUAUUUGGGAUAGAAAUCGUGGUGUAUCUCACAUUUCAGGGUGCCAAAUUGGAGCAGAACGUAUUUGUUUCCAAGUGUGAUACCGUGGGGCUCUUCAACCAUAAUGUCAGGAUCGGACCCGUGGUGAAAGUCCUUUUGGAUUGGGUCAUCCUGUUUGAUCUUCGUCACUACAACUUGAAAACUAGAAAAGAGAUGAAGAAGGAAUCCACAGAUAGCUUGACCCCUUCCUCCAAGGAGUACAACAUCUUUAAAACCGAUACUUUGGUGUAUCUUGAAAAGAUUUCCGAAAAGUUGGCAUCUGGCCCUGAAUACUACUCCAGCAUCAAAUAUUACAACAAAUCUACGCCUCACAAAAAGGAGUCUUCGGACUCCAAGUCAUUGGUCCUUCCACCACAUCAGACCAUUAAAAUUUCCCUCUUCGCCAAAGCUGCUCAACAGUAUUUAUUUCCAAGCUCCUUCAAGAACAAAAACAAGCAUGUGGUCAAUGGGGUCAAGUUAUUGGAAUGGUGGUUACGUGUGAUCGAUCAAAAUUUGUCUGGCAAGCCAGGUGCUCAAUGCAAGUUACUCAUUCCUGGUCUUGCUGAACAGCCAACAUCCAAGUUUCUUACAAACCUAAGCAAUUCUUGGACUGUUGGUCACAUUUUCAAUGCAAGCAAUUUGGCAAUCUACAAUAUUCCUCUAUUUCCAGAUGAUCCCAAAGGUAGAUUCUUGGAGCACUUGAUUGUUGAAAAUAACUACCAGAAGAUGGAAAACGAUCGCUUCUACGAAGAGUUGGGCUGCAGACAAGAGUUUAGAUUGGGAGAUGUAGUUGGACUCAUUGGGGCACAAAUUGAUGGAGUUCCAAUUUUGAAGAACGAGCCAAAUGAGGAGAUUGUCAGAAAUAUCAUUUCCAUCAGGGACUAUAAACAGUUGGUUAACCUAUUGAAAAGCGAGCACUACAACAUCGAAUCCGAUGUUAGAGAAUUGGUCAUAUCCAAGAUACCAGAGUUCUGUAAUAAUAAGAAUUUUGAACACGAGGAGUACAUAGAAUUGACGGGGACUAAGGAAUUCGUCGCCCAGCAAAAGUCUGACUCCAAUCCUGUGGUCAAUACAUUGACGGUGAGAAAGAGGAGCAAGGGGUCCGAAGUACCCAAGGUGAAUAACUUGACAAACUUGGUUAAGCGCAAGAAGAAGGCUGUAUAG